AACUGUUUUUUUUUUUUUAAAUUCGGAUCCAAAUGGAAGUCGGAGAAGCUGUGUAGCUUGAUUACAAUUAUAUGCCUCCCGUUAGAUUAAAACUCUCCCUCCACCUCCCCCGGCACACGGCGAGCCGAGCGGGAGAUAGAGAGAGAUGGCGAGCGAAGAAGAGAGCGCCGUGAAGGAGCCGCUGGACCUCAUCAGGCUCAGCCUCGACGAGCGCAUUUAUGUCAAGCUCCGCUCCGAUCGAGAGCUUCGCGGAAAACUUCACGCUUAUGAUCAGCACCUGAAUAUGAUACUUGGGGAUGUUGAAGAAAUAAUUACUACUGUAGAGAUUGAUGAUGAAACUUAUGAAGAAAUUGUUAGGACCACCAGGCGCACUGUGCCAUUUCUUUUUGUUAGAGGAGAUGGAGUCAUACUGGCUUCUCCGCCUCUGAGGACAGCAUGAUCAAGCUGUAGAAUUAGGUCAAUGGUCAGAGCAGAGGUGGACUUUAUGUGUCCAAUACUGACUGUUGUGGAUUUUGUGAUACAGCCUUUUUUUGCUUCUGGAUGACAACCAAAAUGUUAGGUUGGAAACGGAUAUGAAUAUCUGCUAUUUUAUGUGAUAAUUAUGUUGAUGGUUUGAAGAAUCCUUGCUAUAACUGUUGAUCAGUUGAAUGAGUUUAAAUUGUAUAAUCAGAUUGGGUUAUUACUGUUUCUAAAUCUUUUUAAUUUGGCUCUAACCA